AUGGCUCAGAGGACAGCUCUGGUUGUGUACGCCCACCAGAGCCCCGCCUCCUUCAACGCGGCGCUCCGGGACGCUGCGGUUCAGGAGCUGAUGGAUCAGGGAUUCACCGUCACGGUGUCUGACCUCUACGCCAUGACCUUCAGAGCCAACGCCACACGGGAUGACAUCAGCGGUGAUCUGAAGAACUGCACGCUGUUCCAGUACGGGGAGGAGACCAUGCACGCCUGGAUGGAAGGGCGCCUCAGUGACGACAUUGUUACCGAGCAACGCAAAGUAGAAGCGGCGGAGCUCAUCAUCUUCCAGGUGGGCGUCUCCCUCUGGGUCUGUGGCGUUCAGAGCCUGCAGUUUCCUCUGUACUGGUUCAGUGUGCCGGCCAUCAUGAAGGGCUGGAUGGACCGGGUCCUCACACAGGGCUUCGCCUUCUCCAUGGAAAAGAUCUACGAUCAUGGUAUUUUCAAGGAUAAGAAAGCCAUGUUGUCCUUCACGACUGGAGCCACAGAGACGAUGUUCCGCCCGGACGGCAUCAACGGAGACAUCAACAUCUCACUGUGGCCUCUGCAGAACGGCGUUCUGCACUUCUGUGGAUUUCAGGUUCUCGCUCCUCAGAUCUUCUGGAGUCCGGCUCAUUGCCCCCCCCCUGUGCGAGCCGCCAUGCUGGACGGCUGGCGAGCGCGGCUGAAAGGCCUGCUGGCGGAGAAGCCGUUGACCUUUGCCCCCUGUGAGCUGUUUGACCUCAGCUUCCAGGGGGGGUUCUCCCUGUGGCCCAAGGUGAAGGAGGAGCAGGAGGAGCAGCCCUACGGCCUCACCACAGGCCACCACCUGGGGAAACCCCUGCCCCCCCACAACCAGACCACAGCUCCGCCCGCAGAGGAACCGGAAGCAGAGAACUUUUAA